AUGAAUUUUUCUGCUACACCAACCGCUACGAUCACCUCAACAAAUGUUCCGAUAGCAACUACAAGUACAAUAACAACAGCAGCAGCGCCAACAAGUAAACCAGUAACACGUACAUAUCGUGAUUUUGAACGUUUAUUAACUAAAUGGCAAACUGAUUUUGAUACAAAACAUCGUUUAUCGUAUGAAAAUUUAUCUCAAUCAGUUCGACAACGCGAUGUUGAUUUAUCAACAUAUCGUGAAACAUUACAAGUAGUUCAACGUGACAUCAAUCAUAUGCAACUACAACAAAAUCAUUUACAAGAUGAAUUAAAAUUAUUGGAUACACACGAAAAAGAAUUGGAAACAAAUAUCAUACGUCUAGAAAAUGACAUUUUACAAUUACCACCAUUGCAAAAUGAUAUUUAUUCAAUACAACAACAGAAUAUGUAUUUGAAUCAACUAUUACCAUCAACAUUUAACGAGCGUAUGAAGAAUUUUCAAUUGAUGGAACAAUUAGAUUCGUUAGUUAAGUGUUCAACGAAAGAUUUACAAGAGAUUGUUGAUAAAUUGAAUGAACAAGAUGAUGAUAAUGACAAUGAUACACAGUUACCAACAAAUCAAAAUGUUGAUACGACAGUUCUUAAUGAACAGAAUAUAAAACAAUUAACAAAAACAUUAGAUUCAUGCUUUAAAAUGUUGACUUUCGUUGAUACUAAUGUUACAGAAAUCGAAAAUAAAGUCACACAAACAACACAACGGUUAUUCAAUUCGUAA